GAAUUCAAGAAAGUGAAAACCCAGUCAAAACUUUUCCCUCUCCUGCUAUAAGUAGACAUUUGAGUUUGCAAUUUGUUAAACAUUUCCCAAUCAGACAUUACAUCACAACCAUGACUAGCGCAACUGUUUUAACCAGUAUUCUUCUUGCUAUGAUGGUCGUUGCAGUAUUCAGCAUCCCGAUCGACAAUGAGCAACGUGUUCUUCACCGUGUUCGUCGUGGACGCGGUCAUCACGGUUCCUUGGGCGGCAUUUCGACCGUAGUUGACGGAAGUGCCGUUCAAGCUGUUAGUACCGGAGGCAACACAUUCGUCAGCGGAUUCCAGGCCAGCCAGAACUUCUUGUCAUCCGCUGGUGGCGGAAAUUAUCUCGGACAACAAGGCGGACAACAAGCAGCCGCAUGGGCCGCGGGAGCAGCAGCAGCCGCUGGAUUUGGUUACAACUCGGUCGCUAGCUCAGGUGCUGGAUACCCGUCCAACGUAGGUGGUUACCAAGGAUUCCCUAGUUAUGGCCGUUAAACAACACGUGAAUGAUAACUGCGUUAAUAGCUCCCAAUCUUUUCAAAACAAAUAUGAAACAAACAUCGCACUGUACACCGUUUUCAAUGGAAUGUUAUAUGUAUUCCGAGCAUAUUGGAAAUACACAAUGAUUAAGAGAU